GGGUCUCGAGUUAGUUCCACACAUGCUAGAGUCGCAUGGCGUAUUGAAUCUACAAUGCUGAAUAGAGAAAAAAGUCAUGUUUGUGCCUGCURGCUAGUCAGCUAUUACUAGCUCGUACRGAUAGUUUAGAUAUUCUGUUUAGUACGGUAMACAUUUCUCAUGAYGGGCCACAUACSAGUUCAACGUGUGGURGAAACAAUUUGAAGGGGUUAGUGUCGAGAUUUAGAUAUGAUUUUUUUAACUGCCACUAGUGAUGAGCAUUAUUUGCUGCAUUUUUCAGUCGUAAAACAAAUUAUGGCCGAGAGUUUUUCAGUCUCACAUUUCUCAGGUUUUUGACGGAGCGCGCGCGCCCGAGGUUGCGAUUAGGGAUAGGUAUUAGGGUUUUCGGGGUUUCAGGUUUUGGCUUAGAAUUUUGCGUCGUAUGUCAGGCCACGAUGGGCCUUUCAUCGGUACGGUACGUUCGUACUUCUGCAGUACGUAGUCAUCACGUCAGAUCACAUCACAUCACAUCACAUCGCUACGAUUUUCCUACUGUACGAGUACGUACGCAACUCUCUGUAGUAUGAAAUGAGGAAACUUACUCUAUGGUAGUACGGUACCGUACGACUAAGAGUAAAGUACGUACCUGGAGCCGUUCGAUUUUCGAUUUUCCUUCGUACUCGUGUCGUCUUCAGUGCUUGUCGACAAACUGCUUAUCAACUGCGGCAUGAAUGAAGUUGUCGAGUCUUCGCUUUGAUUUUCAUUAYACAACUCUCGUUUUCCCCAAUUAGCUCCUUGUCUAUAACCCUCUAAGAAAACGAAAAUGAAAUCUGCAUCGUCAAUUCUUGUUUGGUCUUUCUGCCUCGUGUUGGCACUGGGUCUGUUUCCGAGUGAAAGCUGGGCCUUGACAAAAGGAGCAGCUGGCGGCGCCGAACAAACAACGCAAGGAGAAGGCGAUGCCGAGAUCUUGGCAUUGAUGGCCGACGCCCAAAAGCUGAAAGAUGCCGCACCCGAAGUUUCGACGGAUGACGCUUUGAGCAUUUCCAAGCUACUGCAGCAGCUCAGAGAAGACAAGAAUACUCAGGCAUUGGUGAAAAAUCUCAAAGAAGAGGGAAUCGCCAACGACCCUGCGCUGAAGGAGUACCUUGAGAAAGCGGAUCAGAAAGAACUUGUAAUGGGUCUCAGCCAGUUACUAGACGAGCUAAAGGCGACGGAAGUUUUGUUCCAGAAUCCGGCGGGGGCCGUGGAGGAAAUGCACAAAGCGGGGAUGAUUCCGAGCGAGAACCUGAAGACUUACCGAGAAAACCCCGCACAACUGGAGCAAGACUUGMGAGGUGCGCUGCAUUUCUCUUUUGUGUCGUUUGCGUUGACUGCCGGAUUUCUGUGAGACAAGUCUCGAGCUUCUGCCUAUUGGUAGAUUGGACAUGUUGURAUAUACUUUCCAUGAGAUUUCUCCGUCAUCAUAUGCCUUAGGCAUGCAAUACACAUCUACUGUGAAGCGCUUUGCGGAAAUAUACCGAAAUGCAUAKG